GCUGCCUCAUGAGGAUUAAAGUGGCAUCGUUGUUUUGAUAGUGCUAUUUGGCUGGAUCGGAUAAAACAUUGGUCAUAUUUUUGCUUGUGUAUGUUUUGUUUAUCAACCGUUUGAAUGAUUGAAACGAUAACCACCAAUCUGGUCUGCCAGCGUUAAAGGAACCCUCCAACUGCUCAACGUCACACAUUUUGUUCCAGCAGGUUCCUCCUAACUCCGCCCCGCCGGGACCACCAGGAAUAAGUGACAGCGCGUCCACCAGUCCUACCACUACCACCGCCAGGGAGCGGGCCGCGAAGACGAAGCCAUGCCGAGGAGGAGCCACUCUCAGUCGGCCUGCCGCCGCCUCGUCUCCCGCCAGACUCCCCGAGGUUUGCCAGAGGUUCUCGCCGUCUCUUGGCACUGAAGCAGAGGAGAAGUCGAUGAUGUCGUGCGGGCGGGCAAUGACGUGAUGCAACUGGUUCGUGUGGAGCGAUCUUGCGAGAAGAAACAGGUUGCAGAGAUUUUGCGUGAAAAAGGGUUUGAUGGAGAUCUGGUCGAAUGUCAGCGGGAACAAUUGUGAUAGCGGGAGGAAUUCUUGCCGGAGUGAUACUACUGUGCAUCAUCGCCGUCCUCUGUUACUGUCGACUACAGUAUUACUGCUGUAAGAAGAAUGAGGCGGAAACAGAUGCCGACCCGGCCCCGGCGCCGCCGUCCGCCCCGCUCUCCCACUUCCCGUGCGACACGUGCGACGCGCUGGCCAACGACGGGGCCGCCAUCGCGCCCGUCUCUUUGGGCCAGCUGGACGCCGCCCCCCCGUGCCGCGCCUGCUCGCCGUACACCCGCCGCGCCGCCCCGCAAGUGCUCAACGGGGGCGAGCGUCUGGGCUUCCAUACGUAUUACGAGACCCCGCUACCGUUGGUCUACAUGUGCCCGGCGUCCCCACCCAGGCCCUACAGCACCCAGGUGUGACCUUUGAACUGCUCGGUACCAGCCCACAUGAACAUACAGGGAUGUGGUUUUGGACUUUUAGGGGGGACGCAUCCUGGACUGAACCGCUGGUAAGAUCAACAUCGCACCAAAAUGUUUUUAGCAUCCUGUUCAAAUUGCAGUUGCUUUAUUUCUUACCAUUUCCCGCCCCCUCCCCCCAUUCCUAUUCUAUUUACUUCCCCCGAGAAAGUAACAAAAAUAAACAAAUAUUUUUUUUGUACCCUAUUCACAUUCUUUUUUUUUUUUUGGGAGGGGCGGGGGGUUAGUUAACAUUGUGCAACUAAAUGGACUUUGUUCUGGCUUUUAUAUGCCGGUAAUUAACAAAAAUUAAGACACACUCAUACACACAUUUUCAAAUGAACGCAACUAUUCAGUGUCGACUUGAAAUUAAGAAAAAAAAAUUUAAAAACAGAUGGUACCAUUUUUUAAGCUCUUCUUUAUCGCAUCCAUUUUCAAAAAAUUUAAAUACCAUGUGACGUAACUAAUAUUUCAUCAGUUAUUUUGUGAAGUGAGCUAUUUUGAGUCUUUCGAGACCCCCUCCUGACCUCAGUGGAGUUUACCCACCACACCCUGCUAGUGUUAACUGAGACACAACAUCCACACGUAUAAAAUUGAGGGCUAACUGUUUUCCUACACGGAAAGAUUUUAUAUCUAAAAUAUAUGCUGACUAUUGAUUUAUUGUGUCCUACAAAAAAAAAAAAAAAACAAUCAAAAAAAAACUUCAAAGGCAUCUGCCGUGAGUAUUUGUCUUUGCGUGAAAGUGACGUCUUCCAUGCUGGGACUGCUUCCUUUUUACAUCCACAAUGACGUCCGAUUUGAUUUUUAAAUAUGUACUGUUAAAUAUAUCAAGAAUGUAUCGUGUCACGCCACAAGUACAGUAAAUACCCGGAUCUAUAGCGACACAUCUGUAUUUUACACGUGUGAGUGUUGUCUGUGCGUGCGUUUUGUGCGUUUCGGUCAAAUAAAGUCGGACUGUGACUUGAAAAUCAGACUUUUGUAAAUGCUUUUUAUUUCUGCUGGAAUACAAGUCGAGAGAACAGGAGUUCAAAAGAUCAACGUAAAUCGAGAACGGAAUUCUGGAGCUUCAUUCUCGUUGAUUCAACAGAAUCUCCAGCUGUCACUGUCAUUAUUAUCUAAAGUCAUAAAGUAGCUGACGGUUGCCGAUCACUUUGAAAUCGCCGGCGUCACAACGGAUGAUUCUCUGAACGACAAACAAGACAGCGGCGCGUAAGGUGAGAUCUUCAACCCGCCAAGCCCCUCCGGUAAACAUUUCUUGAUACGGCGCUUGGGUGUAGGAUGACGAGUCAUGUAACCUCAAAGAAUUGACCGGGUGCGAAAGGCUGGGAGGAGUCCGGCUGGCGCACCUGCGCACCUCAGAUGUUCGAAAGGAGGGAGUUGCGCACCAACACGUUGACGUCGCCGUGGUGUUUGAUGCGAGGGUUCAGGUGAGAAAUUAAGAAUUCCCGGUAUGGUUUCAAAUUAGGGCGAGGAUUUUCUUUUCGCAUUAUACAUUUUUAAAGUGAUCAGUCGAUAAAGUGUUGAUCUGAUUUUUUUUUUUUUUCUGCGCGAUAUCGGAAUUAGUGCCGGACUCAAAACUGUGUUGAAUCCUAGCGAUAUUCACUUUUUAA